AAGAAACGAAGAAGAAGAUGAACUGAAGUUGGUGGGCAAAAACGAAAAACCCCAAACAGACGAUUUGACGUCAGACGGAAUAUGCUCCGUCCGCUGGAGGCGACUCUCACACGAUAUCACCAAAGGCUUCGGUCAGAAGAUGAGUUCCUUUGCGGGUCGAAUGAAGGAGUAUCCCACGGUGUCUCUGGACCGGUUCGACCGGGAGAACUUAUACUCCCGCGCCUUUUUCCUCUCGCACUGUCACAAAGAUCACAUGAAAGGACUAAAGGGACCAAAACUGAAGAGAAAACUGCAGUUCAGUCGUACAGUCAGGCUCUACUGCUCCUUUGUGACCAAAGAGCUUCUGCUGAGCAAUCCCAAGUACUCCUUCUGGGAGGAAUACAUUGUUCCCUUGGAGCUGGAGAGCCCAACUCAGAUUUCUCUGGUCGACGAGACAUCUGGAGAGAAAGAAGACGUUGUGGUCACGUUGCUUCCCGCAGGCCACUGUCCUGGCUCUGUUAUGUUCCUGUUUGAGGGUUCCCAUGGCAACGUGCUGUAUACAGGAGACUUCAGGUUGGCAGCUGGAGACGUCUCGAGAAUAGAACAUCUGCACUCUGGCAGCCGAGUGAAGGAUAUUCACAGUGUUUAUCUGGAUUCCACUUUCUACGACCCACGAUUCUACCAGAUUCCCACUCGGGAGGUCUGUCUGAACGGGAUCUCGGAGCUUGUUGGAAACUGGAUCAGUCAGAGUUCGUAUCACGUGGUUUGGCUCAACUGUAAAGCCGCGUAUGGAUACGAAUACCUGUUCACCAACCUGGGGGAGGAGUUCAACACGCAGAUCCACGUCAGAAGUCUGGCCAUGUUCAAGAAGAUGCCGGAGAUCCUGAGCUACGUGACCACCGACCGCAGGACGCAGAUCCACGCCUGUCGACACCCGAAGGAUGAGGAGUUUCUCCACGGCAGCCGACUGCCGUGCGGCUGCUCAGCCCCCGACGGGACUCCCCUCCACAUCAUCAGCAUCAAACCGUCCACCAUGUGGUUCGGAGAGAGGAUGAGGAAAACCAGCGUUAUCAUAAAGACGGGAGCCAGUUCCUACAGAGCUUGCUUCAGCUUCCACUCCUCCUACUCAGAGAUUAAAAACUUCCUGUCGUACCUCCAGCCAGUCAACGUCUACCCGAGUGUCGUCCCCAUCGGCCGGACGCUGACCGAGGUCACUCAGAUGUUGAAGCUGAUGUGCAGGAAACAGUCCGACCACGCGGCGUCCGUAUACAAACCUCUGGGAGUCCUCAAGCGCUGCACGGCAGAGCCACCCGCCCACGACUCGGACAGCGAUGACGGGCUCUUUGGCGGGCGGCACCUGGCGCCAGUGAGGAAGAAGACAACGCUGGACCAAGACAUGAAAAGAGCCUCAGUGAAGGCGUCGAGUCGCUCGCAAACGGCGCCGCCUGCGGACCCGAUGGACUCUUUCCCUCUGACGGUCACAGAAACGAAGCCCGGGGCUCGGGACUUCGUGGACUGCACCGAGUCCAACGACGAGGAGGAAGAUGAUCAGCGGGAAGAGGAAGAAGAGGAGGAGGAGGAGGAAGGAAAGGAGAAUAUAAAGGAGGUGAAGGAAGACCAGAAAAAGGAGAUUGAGGUUGAAGGAAGCGGCUCCUCUGAUCCUCCCAAAUGGGAUGACUUCUUUACAGCGGAGGUGCUGACUGACAGCCAGAACAGCCUCAAAAGCCAAUUACAUUCCUGCUGCUCCGCCCCCAGCCCCGCCCCCUCCAAAAUGACUGGUUCCCAGAGCCCCGACCUGUUCGGUGACGAAGAGGAAACCCCGGAUCACGAAGAAAACUUCAGCCUCACCCUCUCCGCCUCGCUGUCCAAUCAUUCCUCGCAGAACCUGGACGCGUAUUUGCCCGACACUCUGCUCCUCCAACCAGAGCAAGGGGGGCGGGGCCAAGGAGACCCCUGGACCAACGCCGUGUCUCAGGUUAAGGAGAGCUACGGCCAAUCGGAACCGGAGGAGCUCUCUGGGUCGCAGGUGUCGUCUGAUUUCGAUAUCCCGUCCACGCCAGAGUCAAAAGUGCCUCAACCCGAUGACCUGUCGCAGUUGUACAGGAAGCUGGCGUCAGGGGAGGAAGUGGUCGUCAGAAAAGGUUCAUGUGAAGGAAUCCGUUAGGGCAACGUUUCUUUGUCACGAUGAGCGCUGGUUUGAUCCAAAUGAGCUUCUGUAAGCACCUCACCCGCCGUCCAGGUGACGCGCUUCCUCUGCUUCAGUUAGACCUCAAAACCACAUGAACCUCAGCAUGUAAACACACACACACACCAUUUAUUCCAAUGCACUUUAUAUGCACACCUGCCUUACAUGCAUUAAUGCGCCUGUGCAAAGAACCAGAUCAGGCAUUCUUUUGUACGACAAAGUGGGCUGAACGCACUUCCUUUGAAACAUGGAAACAUGUUUAGUGAAGCUGAAUUCUUUCCAUCAUUCACUGUUCAUAUCAAUGCAUUUACUUUAUUCCAGUUCAAACAAAUCAAAUAUUCCGUUAUGAGAAAAGAGGCAAAACUUUGUUUGUAAAUAUUUAAGAUGUUCAUUUUUUUUAUUUUUUAUAAAGAUUAUUUUUAAUUAGAUUAUUGCAGAAUUGUGACCAAAAUGUGUAACAACAUUUUACAUUUGACAAAUAAACUUGUUCAAUGACGACACAAAUC